AUGCCUUUCACCGAAUUUAUAAAGCCUUCAAUUGUUCAAUCAGAUGGAUCACGUGAUGAUUUUGCCAACACUAUUGUUCCAGCAAUUAGAUCUUUCAUAAAAUCAGCUCCUGGUUUCAAACUUGGCACAACCGGACACAGCUUGUUCGAAAACAAUGUCGCUGUACCAGAGUCUUCAUUCAUUCCAAUUGUUGGCAUAGAAUGGGAGAACCCGGAUUCAUUUCAUAGUAUUGUCCAGAGCGAACGAUUUCCAGUCUUUGUUGAAAAGAUAAAGCCAUAUCUUACUGCUCCAGCAAGCCCAGAACUAUACGAGACUGAUAUCUCACCAAAAGAUAUCUUCGCGUCCCCAGUAAUCGAAAUCUUUAGAAUCAACGUUCAUGAAGACUCCGAGAAAGAAACUGCAGCCAGAACAGCAUGGGAAGCGUUAGCAAAGGCAUUGAAGGGUACAAACAUUCUGAGUGGUGUGAGCGUCAACUUGCCAGAGAAAUUAUUUUUAGGAUUGAUUGGUUGGAGUGGAAUUGAACAACGAAACAUGGCCUUGGAUAAAGUAGAGCACCUAAAGCAGGCUGUCGAUAGUUUGGGAGAUUCUCAGUCGUUUGUUGCUGAGCUUAAUACCGUUGUCUAGAUUUGUUAUUGAAACAGGAAUGGAUUGCUGAGGAUCAAUAGGCCAUCGUUUUUUUU